GAGACUCAGAACGCUCACCCACUCUCCACCUUCAUCGUCCAUGUCGUCGCUGCCCUUCCGGACAACCCCCGCCAAGGAGGACCCGCCGCCGGAGUUCCUGUGCCCGAUCACGCUGGACCUCAUGCGUGACCCGGUCGCGGCGCCCACGGGCAUCACCUACGACCGCGCUGCCAUCACUUCCUGGCUACUCUCCGGCGGCCAGCGCGCAUGCCCCGUCACGCACGCCGAGCUCCGCGCGGGGGACCUCGUCCCCAACCACACCCUCCGCCGCCUCAUCCAGGACUGGUGUGACGCCAACGACCGUUCCUGCGGCGGCGUUGGGCUGGUCCCCGCCACGCCCGAGGAGGCCGCCGUCGCCGAGCUCGAGAGCGCCACGCGCGCGGGCGACGCCGAGCGGUGCGCGGCCGCAGCGCGCUGGGUUCGGCGGCAGGCACGGAUGGCCGAGCGGAACCGAGGCCGCCUCGCGUCCGCCGGCGCAGGGCGCGCGCUCGCCGCGGCGUUCGCGUCCUUUGCGGACGCCGCCGCAGGUGCAGCCGCCGCUAGCGACGCGCUUGACGCCGUGCUGGCAGCGCUGGCGCUCGUCGUGCCCAUGGACGAGGAGGCCGUCGCGGCCGUCGGCUCGUCCAGCGCGUCCGUGGCGCGGCUUGUCGCCGUCGCCGCGAACGGCGGCCUGCUCAGUAGGCUGCAGGCCGUGGUCGUCAUCGGAGAGAUCAUCUCGCUGUCAUGCCACAGGCAUGGCGCCGGUGCCGUCGUCGAUCUCAGCGCGAACACCGACGCCAUCGUCCAAGUCUUGGUCAAGACGAUCAAGGACGCCAUCUGCCCACAGGCGACCAGGGCAUGCCUGCUCGCGGCGCACCACCUCGCCUGCGCCGGCGAGAGCGCCGCGGCGCGCCUGGCGGCGGCAGGGCUCGUGCCGGUGCUCGUCGAGCUCCUUAUCGACGCGGACAGGAGCACGGCCGAGAAGGCUCUCGCCGCGCUCGACGCGGCACUGGUGUCCAGCGAUGGCCGGGCGCGGGCCCGUGCCGACGCGCUCGCCGUGCCCGUGCUCGUCAAGAAAAUGUUCUGCGUUUCCGACGCGGCCACCGAGCUCGUUCUUUCUGCCUUGCUGCGCAUCUGCAAGAAAUGCCCGGAAGACGACAUGGAUGGCACGGCAGCGGCAGGUAGGCGGCUCGCCAUCAUUGAGGCGCUGCAGGUUGGUGCCCUCCAGAAGGUGCUGCUGCUGCUCCAGGCUGGAUGCAGCGAGGAAACGAAGGAGAAGGCCACUGAGCUGCUGAGGGUGAUUGUCAGGUAUCAGGGCAGAGUGGAGUGUGUUGAUACCAUGGAUUUCAGAGGGCUCAAGAGAGGCACUACAAUUUUGACUACAUAGAUUUUUUGUGUGUGUGUGUGUGUGUAUACAACAAUAGAAAAAAAAUAGUAGAUGCAAUUGUGAUCACAAAAGAUAGAAAAUGUACAUAAAUAGCUUCUAAGUGUUGAUUUAAAGGUUUUCUUGUUUUUGAAUAUUAUUCUGUUUCGUUCUAACAUUAGCGAAUUAUAUCCAUUCAUCAACCUCUGUGGACAA